AUGAAUCAUGUGAAAACGCUUCCCAUUAUAUUGCUGAUUGUCUUUAUGCAUCAAUUUUGCACUUCACUAGACACCAUAACCAUUAACCAACCCAUUGUAGAUGGAGACGUUAUAGUUUCUACAGGGGAAACCUUUGCACUUGGUUUUUUCAGUCCAGUUGUUUGGGUCGCAAAUCGGGAUUCUCCUAUCAAUGAUACAUCUGGGGUCGUCUCAAUCACCUGUCACGUAAACGUUGUCCUUAACAGCAGAAACAAAACGACUCCCCUAUGGUUCACAAACGUUUCGGCUUUGCCAACAAACAAUUGUGUAGCUCAACUCUUAGAUUCGGGAAAUCUUGUAUUGUUUCACAGCGGAAGUACCAUAUGGCAGAGCUUUGAACACCCGACAAAUUAUUUGCUUCCCAAAGCAAAAUUCGGGCUAGACAGAAGAAAAGGUCUGAACUCGUUCCUAACAUCUUGGAAAUCUUCAGAUGAUCCUGGUACUGGCAAUUUCUCGUUUAGAAUCAACCCUGAAGGUUAUCCACAACUGUUCAUAUACAAGGGUCAUGUUCCAAAAUGGAGGGGUGGUCAUUGGAAUGGCGUUAGAUGGUCUGGAAUACCUAAAAUGCAGGGAGUUACAUUUAUCUUCAACUACAGCUAUGUGAACAAUGAAAAUGAGAUUUCCUUCUCGUGGAACGUUGUAUAUGGCUCAAUCUUGACAAUAGGAGUGCUGAAUGAGUCCGGCAUUUACCAACGGUCCAAAUGGCAUGAGAACCUAGGUCGAUGGGAAGAGUUCGCAUCUGUGCCCAGGGACCACUGUGACAUCUAUGGAUUAUGUGGAGCGUAUGGUAACUGUGUUCGGUACAAUGAUGAAAUCAACUGCACUUGUCUUCCCGGGUACCAGCCCAAAUCACCUCAACAAUGGCAUCGGAAAGAUGGGUCAGUCGGGUGCGUUAGGAAGAAUCAGACGGCACCCUGCAGAAACGGUGAAGGAUUCGUAGAGGUGGCAAAUGUGAAGGCUCCGGAUACUUCAGUUGCCCGUGUAUCGGCAAAUUUGGAUAUGAAAGCUUGUAAAAAUGAGUGCUUGAGGAAUUGUUCAUGCACUGCAUAUGCAAGUCUAGGUACGACAGAAGGAAGUGGAUGUUUGACAUGGUAUGGCGAUUUGCUAGAUACAAGAGUAUUUACGGAAGGUGGACAGAGUAUAUAUGUGCGUGUGGAUGCAAUUGAGUUAGCUCAAUAUGAAAAUAAGCGCAAGGACCUUCUUGCAAGGAAAGGGAUAUUGUUACACUCAUUUCAUAUAGGUCCGCUUAAUCUUAAGCGCAUAAAGGCGACCAGAGGCUAA